AUGGCUCACUCGUCAUCGUCUGAGUUACCUCGGUCUACAUCUGAUACUGAGGCUCAGGCCGAGCCUGCGGAUCCCAGGACACACGUGCUUCCAGGACCAUACAGUUGGGACGUACUUAGGAGGUACACGCAGCGCACACAUGUUUCGCAGCUUGUGUGGAAUGAGGAGAAGUGUCGCCAGUGCAAGACUAGACGUGGUAAGAUGCAGGGGGGCCAUCUCUUGAUGCUAUUCCUGACAUUAUGGCAGACUACCUGCAGCAGGCUGGCUUCCUACAUGUCACACGCAUGUGACAUAUUCAGUGCUCUGGUGGAGAGGUGGAGACCAGAAACACAUACGUUCCACAUGACCCAGAGCGAGAUGACCAUUACGUUGCAGGAUGUUGCGGCUAUAUUAGGUUUGCCGACUGAAGGGAGAGUAGUUACGGGUGUUACAUCUACGGACUGGCGGGUCCUGUGCCAGGAGGUGCUUGGUCACGCCCUCCUCGGUUCAGAGCAGCCUUACGGGGAUGUUAAGCUCUCAUACUUAGAUAGACAUUAUGCCCAUUGGGGUGCAAUUGUUGCAGAUCCACAUCAGGUUAUAUUUUUUACUAAGGCGCACAUUGCGCGUGUGUUAGGGCCAUGGCUUCUUUGCGACAAAUCUGGAGGUAGCGUCGUCGGAUGUCGCUAUAUUGCGUUGCUUGCAGGAGAUUUUGGAGAGAUUGGACAAUACAGUUGGGGAUCUGUUGUUCUCGCACAUUUGUUUAGACAAUUGUGCGAGCUUACUGACCCCCGCAAAUCAGACAUGAGUGGGUGUCAUAUACUACUGCAUAUAUGGGCCAGGACCAGGUUUCCACCAAUUGCUCCUCCUCUUCCUCAGCCUACUCACCCAGAUUGGCACUACGGGCACCGAUUUAAUGGUUUAGCCCGCUUUAAACCACAACAUCAGCUUCUAUAUCGGGGGACUCUAGACACGUUAUGCAGGCACGAGUUGAGCACUGCCAACCAGAUAGAUGCUUGA